AUGCGAGGAGUAAGGAUUAACGUUAACAUAUCUUGGGUUCAACAUGGUCCUCUGUUCUUGUUUUUUAUUAUCCUGAGUCUGCCAUUAUGGGCACAAUGUGUAGACGAGAAUGAUUACAGUGAAACGGGCAAUCCCGCUGUGCUUCCGCUUCUGACACAGUUCAUCUACGGUCGACUUUCCAAUCUCACCGCUAGCUUCAAUCCAGACAUCACUGCUCGUCUGGGCUUCUGCAUAAAGGAUGUAGAUGCUGAUUGGAAUGGAGCAUUCAAUUUUACUGGAAAUUUGGAUUUUUUGACUUCUUGUGUCCGAAAGACAAAAGGAAAUCUCAUGCAGCGGUUGUGCACGGCAGCAGAAAUAAAGUUUUAUUUCAAUAGUUUUUUUGAAAAGGGGUCAACAAAUGCAAAUUACUUAAGACCAAAUACAAAUUGCAACUUGACUUCAUGGGUUCCUGGUUGUGAGCCUGGAUGGUCUUGUAGUGUUGGAGCAAAUCAGAAGGUUGACCUUAAAGAUUCAAAGAACAUGCCUGAAAGGACUCUUGAUUGUCAACCUUGUUGUGAAGGUUUCUUCAGCCCUCCUGGCAUUACUUGUAUGAUACCUUGUCCACUAGGUUCUUACUGCCCUCUGGCAACACUUAAUAAAACUACUGGCGUAUGUGACCCAUAUCGUUACCAGCUACGUCCUGGAGAAACAAAUCAUACAUGUGGUGGAGCAGAUAUCUGGGCUGAUGUUGGAAGUAGCGGUGAGGUAUUCUGUUCUGCAGGAUCAUACUGUCCAACUACCACUAAAAAGGUUCCUUGCAGUAGUGGGCACUAUUGCAGGAUGGGUUCUACAUCUGAAAAACCAUGCUUCAAGUUGUCAACCUGUAACCCGAAUACUGCAAAUCAAAAUAUUCAUGCAUAUGGAAUCAUACUUAUUGCUGCAUUAAGCACUAUACUGCUUAUUGUGUAUAGUUGUUCUGAUCAAGUUCUCACGACGCGAGAGAGAAGACAAGCCAAAUCUAGGGAAGCUGCAGCUAGAAGUGCCCGAGAAACUGCUCAAGCAAGGGAAAGGUGGAAAUCAGCAAAAGAUGUUGCCAAAAAGGGUGCCAUGGGAUUGCAAGCACAAUUGUCACGUACAUUUUCUCGCGCAAAAUCAACAAGGCAACAAGAACAAAUGAAGAUGUUGGGUAAAGCAAAAUCUAAAGCCAAUGAUCAUUCAUUUCUACCACCUGUGCAUCCAGGUGCUUCUGAGCAAUCAUCAUCAUCUGGUUUAAAAGCUAAGAAAAAGGAACCAAGUAAUCUCAUAAAAAUGAUGCACUCCAUUGAGAAUAACCCAAAUGAUGAUGGAGGCUUCAAUUUGGACAUUGGAGACAAAAAUGUAAAGAAGCAAAUGCCAAAAGGUAGGCAAUUGCACACUCACAGUCAAAUAUUUAAGUAUGCAUAUGGUCAGCUUGAGAAGGAGAAAGCCAUGCAGGAGCAAAAUAAAAACUUGACCUUCUCCGGAGUGAUUUCUAUGGCUACUGAUGUUGAUAUCAAGUCCAGACCUGUGAUUGAGGUUGAUUUUAAAGAUUUAACCCUUACCUUGAAAGGGAAAAACAAACAUCUUUUGAGGUGUGUCACUGGGAAAAUUAUGCCCGGUCGAGUUUCUGCCGUGAUGGGUCCAUCAGGGGCUGGAAAGACAACUUUUCUUUCUGCUCUAGCAGGGAAGGCAACUGGAUGCACUGUGACGGGCUUGGUUCUUAUAAAUGGAAAGGCUGAAUCCAUUCACUCAUAUAAAAAGAUCAUUGGUUUUGUUCCACAAGAUGAUAUUGUGCAUGGCAACUUGACAGUAGAAGAGAAUCUCCGCUUUAGUGCCCGAUGCAGACUAUCAGCUGACAUGCCAAAGCCUGACAAGGUUCUAGUUGUUGAAAGAGUUAUAGAGUCCUUGGGACUACAGGCAGUGCGGGAUUCCCUUGUCGGGACCGUAGAGAAGCGAGGAAUCUCUGGAGGCCAGAGAAAACGUGUAAAUGUUGGGCUUGAAAUGGUUAUGGAUCCUUCAUUAUUGAUACUAGACGAACCAACUUCUGGUUUGGAUAGUUCAUCUUCUCAAUUACUUCUUAGAGCACUUCGUCGUGAAGCCCUUGAAGGGGUAAACAUCUGCAUGGUUGUGCACCAACCAAGCUAUGCCUUGUUCAAGAUGUUUGACGAUUUAAUACUUCUAGCCAAAGGUGGUCUUACCGUGUAUCAUGGAUCCGUAAAGAAGGUUGAAGAGUAUUUCACGAGCCUUGGCAUCACUGUUCCAGAGCGCGUUAAUCCUCCAGACUACUUCAUUGACAUUUUGGAGGGAAUAGUAAAGCCAAACUCUGGUGCAACUCAUCAACAACUCCCCAUCAGAUGGAUGCUUCAUAAUGGAUAUCCUAUCCCUCCAGAUAUGCUGCAACUUGCUGAUGGAAUUGCUACAUCUUCAAAUGACACAAAUGCAAAUAGUGCUGCAACGAGCACUGCCCCUGAAGGAACCAAGGAACAAUCUUUUGCUGGGGAUUUGUGGCGAGACUUGAAAUGUAAUGUGCAGUUAAAGCGAGAUAGUAUACAACACAAUUUCUUGAAGUCAAAGGACUUGUCUAAUCGAACAACUGCCGGUAUAUCUCGACAAUAUAGAUAUUUCCUUGGGAGGGUUGGCAAACAGAGGCUAAGAGAAGCUAAAAUACAAGUAGCAGAUUAUCUAAUCCUUCUUCUUGCUGGAGCCUGCUUAGGAACUCUUGCCAAAGUGAGCGAUGAAACAUUUGGAGCUCUGGGUUAUACUUAUACUGUCAUUGCUAUCUCACUUCUGUGCAAGAUUUCAGCUCUGAGAUCGUUUUCUCUAGACAAAUUACAUUACUGGAGAGAGAGUUCAUCAGGCAUGAGCAGUCUUGCUUAUUUCCUCUCAAAGGAUACAAUAGACCACUUCAACACAAUCGUCAAGCCUUUGGUUUACCUAUCCAUGUUCUAUUUCUUCAACAAUCCAAGAUCAUCCUUUGCAGAUAAUUACAUAGUUUUGGUUUGCCUCGUAUAUUGUGUGACUGGAAUAGCCUAUGCCUUCGCCAUCUUAUUUGAGCCUGGUCCAGCCCAAUUGUGGUCCGUGCUGCUUCCUGUUGUUUUGACUCUCAUUGCUUCCCAAGAGAAAAAAACUGGAUUCGUUAAGCAUAUUGCAAAUUUGUGCUAUACAAAGUGGGCUCUGGAAGCUUUUGUCACUGCAAAUGCUGAAAGGUACUCAGGAGUGUGGCUCAUUACUCGUUGUGGUUCAUUAAUGCAAAGCGGAUAUGAUCUUCAUGAUUGGGGUCUUUGUAUAUUAUCUCUUAUUCUUGCAGGUAUAGUGAGUCGUUUUGUAGCUUUCUUUUGUAUGGUCACAUUACAAAAGAAGUGA